AUGACUUCCUCAAUUCCAACCGAAGCCCCAAGCAAUAUCCGAAUUCUUACCCUCAACUGCUGGGGUCUGAAAUACAUCGCCAAGUACCGCCAUGAACGCAUGUCGGAGAUCGGACGGCAGCUGGCAUUAGCUAGCCCGCCACCAGAGAUUGUCGGACUACAAGAAUGCUGGACACAACAAGACUUCGAAAGCAUCCGCGAUCAAACGCGCCACAUACUCCCAUACGGAAAAUUCUACUACGGAGGCAUAUUCGGCGCAGGGCUAGCAAUUCUAUCCAAAUGGCCGAUCGAAGAAAGCAGCAUGUACGGGUACCCGUUGAACGGGCGACCGACCGCGUUCUUCCGCGGCGACUGGUUCGUCGGCAAAGGCGUUGCCUGCGCAAGAGUCAGAUUCGGCCCGGGCACAGCAGACGUGGCUGAGGUCUUCUGUACGCAUUUGCACGCGCCGUACGAGCGCGAACCAAAUGACUCCUAUCUAUGCCACCGCACCGCGCAGGCAUGGGAGAUCUCGAAACUAAUGCGAGGUGCAGCAGAGCGUGGGCAUCUGGUUCUCGGUCUUGGUGAUUUCAAUAUGCUGCCUUCUUCGUUUGCCCACCGUCUCAUCACGGCCCAGAGCCCUGUGCGUGAUGCCUGGCGCGAGAUUCAUCCGGAUUCCUCGCUGGCGGCGGCAAUUGACCCCGUCGAAAAGGCGAGGAAUAAGCCUGUGCCUACGGCGGAGUUCAAUCUCUCUGAAAACGGAGCUACCUGUGAUGGUUCUUUCAACACAUGGCGCUGGUCGGAGAAUAUGCGCAAGCGCUUGACGAAGGGCGAGGAUAUCGUCAUUGACAACGAUACUCCGGACCCGCGUGGUAAGCGUCUGGACUAUAUUUUCGUGGGCGAUGGCGGGUAUCCGCCUGCGUUCCCGCCGUCUCGCUGGUCCGUUGAAUCUGUUCAGGUCUCGAUGACACAGCGCCAUCCCACGCUCCUCUGCUCGUUAAGUGAUCACUUCGCCGUUGAGGCUGUUAUCACAAGGUCUUCUUCGAGGGAACAUCCUCAUCCGGACCCGGACUCUCCACCUAGCUCUCCGGAAUCUCCUACUCUUCACAAAACAUUCUCAAAACAAGUUUCCCCAAAUGCCGCUCUGUCACCCGAGACCUACGACCAUAUUAUCGAGAUGACACACAAGUACGUUGCUCGUGAACGCUCACAGCGCCGCUGGCGUCUGGCACAUUUCAUCGCAUCUAUUGUCAUUUCAAUUGGUUGCAUGGUUGGUGUGUGGUGGGUAGGAAACCGCACUUAUAUCGGGUUCCUGCUCAUCCUGAUCAGCACUUUAAACUUCGCCGCUGGAGUCUUGGAUGGUUUGAUUGGUGGACUGUUCAUGUCGAGCGAGCUACGCGCUUUGAAGGAGUUUGAAUGGGAGGUAAGAAAUGCGCAGAGCCUCGUGGUGGCUGCAGAGGACCGCUCUUCUGCAAAAGCAGAGGGAGCGGGCCAGAAUUGA